GUUGUAGCGUUCACUCCCUCCCGUCCCUCCCGUGCUGCCCGUACACUGCCGCUGGAGUUAGCUCUGGAGAAGUAGGAGGGUUUAUCCGUCGUGACAACCCGUUCACACAAACUUUUCCUGGUCUAGGUUGUUCUUGACAGCCGGAUAGAGCGUUUUACUUUUGUUUUCGAUGCAUGGGAGUGCCCUGGGAGCGGCGACGGGUGACGACAGUGCUGGUGGUCCUGACUGUACAGCAGGAUGAGUGAGCCGGUGAGCCAGUUCUACAGCGUUCAGGUGGGAGACUCCACCUUCACUGUACUCAAGCGCUACCAGCAGCUCCGUGCUAUCGGCUCUGGGGCACAGGGCAUUGUUUGCUCUGCUCUAGAUACAGUCCUUGGCAUACCGGUAGCAGUGAAGAAGCUGUGUCGGCCUUUCCAGAACCAGACUCAUGCUAAGCGUGCCUACAGGGAGCUGGUGCUGCUUAAAUGUGUCAACCACAAAAAUAUCAUUCGUCUGAUCAAUGUGUUCACGCCUCAGAAGUCCCUGGAGGAAUUCCAUGACCUGUAUCUGGUGAUGGAGUUGAUGGAUGCCAGCCUAUGCCAGGUGAUCCACAUGGACCUGGACCAUGAGAGGAUGUCCUAUCUGCUCUACCAGAUCCUCUGUGGCAUCAGACACCUGCACUCUGCAGGCAUCAUCCACAGGGACCUGAAGCCCAGUAAUAUUGUAGUGAAGUCGGACUGCACUCUGAAGAUCUUAGAUUUUGGCUUGGCUAGGACGGCCUGCACUAACUUCAUGAUGACCCCAUACGUGGUGACCCGAUACUACCGCGCCCCAGAGGUCAUACUGGGCAUGAAGUACAAAGAGAAUGUGGACAUCUGGUCAGUGGGGUGUAUCAUGGGAGAGAUGGUCAAGGGCGGCGUCAUCUUCCAGGGCACUGACCACAUUGACCAGUGGAAUAAGGUGAUUGAGGUUCUGGGCACACCCAGUCUGGAGUUUAUGAAUCGGCUGAUGGAGACCGUGAGGAACUAUGUGAUGAACAAGCCACAGUAUCCUGGCGUCAGCUUUGCUGAGCUUUUCCCAGACUGGGCAUUCCCUUCUGACUCAGAACACGACAAACUCAAGACAGGUCAAGCCCGGGACCUGUUGUCCAAAAUGCUGGUCAUUGAUCCUGAAAGCCGGAUCUCUGUAGAAGAAGCCCUCAAUCACCCAUACAUACAUGUGUGGUAUGACCCUGGAGAGGCUGAUGCGCCUCCUCCUCAGAUUUCAGACAAGCAGCUGGAAGAGAGAGAGCACACGAUCGAGCAAUGGAAAGAACUGAUUUAUGAAGAGUUGAUUGACUGGGAAGAGAGGAACAAGAAUGGGCUGAUGAAAGAAGACUGCUCAGACGUGGUGUCAACUUCAGCCUCACAGUCCUCAUCGGCCAACGACAUCUCGUCCAUGUCCACAGAGCAAACCUUAGCCUCGGACACAGACAGCAGCAGCAUUGAUACACUGACGGGACAGCUGGACGAGAGUCAGUGAACACAGUAGACCAUAUGUGUCUGCCUGCAUUAGUGUCAUCCCAACACAUUUUACAUCAUCCAAUGAUCAAAACACAAUCAUCUUUUCUUUACUGCCUCAUCCCCAUACUAUCUGAUUUGUCCCUUCUUGUCCUGUUUCUCAUCAUUUAUUCUGAACCUCAAUAACUAGGUCUAUUUUUCUAUUUUAGUUCUGUGUGAUGGAUCUUAUUGGUCUUCUUCAACUUCAGACUUUGUUAUGUAUAGAUUCCUGUUGGGUCAAAGGUUCAUCCUUCUUCUCUUUGUGGAUAUUGUUUUGCCUGAUUAAGUAUAUUUGAUGAUGUAUGCGUCCAUAUUGAUUUUCAGGGUGUUUGUUCCUCGUGCCUGUAUUUUAACGGUUUUAUUUUUGUUGUUGUUGCAAAUAUCAAGUUGAAAUCAGAGAUUAUUGUAGUCAAACUAGAGCAGAAACACGCUAAACAUAGACCACAGCUGCCUGCUUCUCUCAUGCAUGUUACGCCAGUAUGAACAAAAGCUGACCAUAAGUGGAUCACACCAUCUGAUGUCCAUCUGAUGAGCAAACACUCACCCAAAGGUUGAUCCAUUUUUUUUGCUAGUUUACAGAUAUCAGAAGAGGUUCUUUCUGCACAGUGUUUUUAAAUGGAUUGGCUUGAGUGAUGUGGACUUUCAGAUUCUCCUCUUGACACUAGGGGGAGCUGUUUCAGUGUUACAGAUGGAUGUCCUGAUAUAAUGUGCUGUAUGUAAAGAAGAUGAUCGGCCACUCAAAGUUGCUCUUUAAAUACUAAUAGAUGAAAUUGCUCUUUUCUUUUAAUAAACUCAACAUAUAUGUUGAACCACAUUUUUAAAUUGCCCCCAUUUGACACGCGGUACUGACUAACAAUGUGUUCUUCAAAAGAACAUCAUAAUCCUGUAAGUUUGGGAGCUGCAAAAUGAUACAUACUAUUUAUUUUUGUGUCCUUGCAAAAUAUUGCACACAAUCACAAUGAGGUUCAAGUGAAACAAGCCUCUGUCAAAGCAUUUCAUUAAUAUAAACAAAUGCAUUGGCUGCUCUUUUUCUAAACCAUUCCAUUAAUACUGAGACAGUAACAUGUCAUGAGUCAGACAUCAUAGAAUAAGUAUAACAUCAGUAAAACAAAAAUAAAGGUGUCUAUCUUGCAUGAAGGCAUUACAUAUGCCAAUAAGUUACUGUAGUCCUUCAGGUCUGUUCUUUAACUCACAGUACCUUGAUGGUUAUGAAAUCAUGUUUGGUGCAGAUGUUUUUUUUUUUUUUUUCUUUGUAAUUUUGCCAUUUAAGCCCGUGUGUGUGUUAUCCAAAUGUACUGUUUAGCGCUCUCUUUCUUAAUCUGCUUUGAAUCAUCCUUAAAGACAGCAGGCGCCUGUUUGCAAAGCCAACAUAAAGCGAGGACGAUGGCCCCCUCAAGAAAGUGGACAUGUUGUGGUUUAAAUUGAGGAUGAGACUGUGGAGUCCUGAAUGAAAAUUUAGACCUUGGCAGUCAAGACGGAAACUUCAAAGAUGGACCUUGGUUAUGGACUGCAGAGCUGCUUUUUGCAGAGCUGAUUGCACAUUGUGAUGGACAUGCAGAAAUAUGACACUACGGAGUCACUGGGGACUUGUAGCACCAUGUUGUGAACACUAUAUUUUCCUUUUAUAAACCAUGACCUUAUUCUUUCAGUCAUGCCUUAAGAGGAGUGGCUGAUGCACUCCAAGAAAUCUUAUCAGAUAAGGACUGAGCAUAGCUGUGCUCAAGACCUCCUCAUGUUUACCAUGUUAAAAAAAAAAAACAGCUUCAUUAUACACACUGUCAGUCUCACAUUUUUGUCCUUUUUGUUUCUUCCUUUAUUUUCAUAGAUGUCCUGUGUGAUUACAAUAUAAUCACUUAGCCAACAUCUCUUGCCCUUACACAACUACACAACUAAUAAAGUGGACAUCAGUGAUUCAUUUA